AAUUCUUUGUGUUUGGAACGUCGGAAGCGAAGAAUCAGUUGAAACGUCGAGGCGUUUUUUCUUAAACCCUAACCCUACAGCAAGAUCCGAGCGUAAGAGUCUUGCAGAAUGGAUGUUCACCGGAAAUUUCUGCGCCCAUGCGCUGCCGAAAGUUUCGUGGAGAAUGGCGCGUCGAUGCGUAGGUCGACCUGGACGAUUUUUCAAUGAAUUCGCCCGGCUGUGACAUUGUAGCAGGGGCGAGUGCAGUAUUGUCUGAAGAAUGCUGCAGGACGCAAUGCCAGGAGAAGCGUUCGUGUCAGGUGAUUGUCAGAUUGGGAGCUGCAAGCCUUCUACGAUGGACGAUCCGAAUACGAAACUUCAAGAGAUGGCGGAAAAGCUGGAGAAGUCGGAAGCAGGUCGGAAAAAACUUCGACAAGCCAUCACUAUGCUCAAGGAGAAAAUGGAAGCUACAGAGAAGGUACUGCAAGUCAAUGAGACUCUCCGGCAAGAAUGUGAAAAAGAAAGACUGCGUGCGGAAUCCGAGAGGAAGAAGGCGGAGGAAGAGAAAGCGUUGCGACUACAAAUUGAGAAGGAGGGCCUUUCCGUAAAGGAGCAACUCGCCCGUGUGCUUCAACGUUUAGAUGCUGUUGAAAGAAACAGUAAAUCCGAUCGCUUGGAGACGGACCGUAUACGCGGAGAGAUGAAGCAGGCAAUGACAGCACUUGGUGGAGCUUUGCAAGUCGCAGAAGCGGCCCAGGUUUCUCUUCAGGGUCUAGAGAAAACUGUACAAGACAAGGUCAAUGUGGCUGUCUCUACCUCCUCGAAAGCUCUUUCGUUGGCUCAAAGCGUUAGCUCUGACGCAAAGGCUGCUCAUGGAGUAGCGGCCUCAGCUGAAAAGAAUUCACAGUUGUUAGUGUCGCGAGUUGCAGCUGUGCAGAAGCAAAGCGGAGGUUUUGAUCUGCGCUUGAACACUCUUCAGCAAGAGUCUUCCAAGGCUUUAUCGGUGGUGGAGUGUGUGAAAUCGGAUGCAAAGGCGGCCCAUGUUGCCGCCAUCGCUGCUGAAAAAAUGUCACAAUCCUUGGUAUCACGAGUCGCAGCUGUGCAAAAAGAAAAUGCAGCUUUUACUCAAAGGCUGAACGUUCUGCAGCAAGAGCUGCGCACUAGAUAUGUUGAUGUCGGAGUUUCGUCUAGCGGGACCAGAGGUCUGAAUACGCCGGUGGCUCAUGAGGCGAAGAAAGUACCUGGGAGGGGAAUGGUUCUCUCGAAGAAUCAACAUUUGAAUGGGGCGGGUUUGGACACUCCCAAGCCUUCAAACGGGAGGUCUGUGUCAGGGUCUACUGAAUUGAAUCAUAGCGUUGGUCAAACCGAGACUUUAGUGGGCUUAACUGGUGUUAGCACACAGGCAAAGUGCCAUCCUUCUGAGUCUCUCCAAGUGGUAGAUUCUGGCUCUUCUUCCGGUUGCACGAGUACAUUCUCAAGAGAACUUGACGUAGUUAAGAGGAACAAGGUCUGUAAGGAAACUGGAGAGCCUUCCGUGGCUGCUGUACCUAAGAGACCUUUAUUAACAUCCCCUCCUGUGAGCACUGCUGCUCCUCGCUUUCAAAAACCUGCAAAUGUACCUGUCAGACGUCUCCUGGAUUCUCGACCUUUGAAGUGUACGACUGGAAAGGAAUGUAUCCCGAGCGCCUCAAAGGUAGGUAGUGAUGCAUCAGGAACUGUGAAGGCGGGCAGUAGCAGUGGCUUGAAUUUAUCCCGCGGAGAAUUGGUUGAAAGUCAUCCAGGUAUUAUGGACAUUUGUGUUCCUCAAACUAGCGGGAUUACUGGCUUGAAUGUUGCGUCUAGAAGGUGUUCAGUAUCCCAGCCGACUAAGUCCGACUUUACUGGGAGGCAAAAGAGUUGUGGCUCGGUAGACAAUGAGGAGAACUGUUCUCACACUGCUACUUUGAAAGUAAUCGAAGAUGGCAAGGCUUCGAAGAGUCCCGAAAAACGAGUGGUCAAGGGUCCCAAAGGGCAGAGAAGGGUGAAGCUCCCAGCUGCUUUGCUUAAAGAUAUAACCAAGUUAUUCUGUAGAGAAAAGAAAGUUCAUACAAGGAUGGAGGCCAAAUUCAUGGCUUUGGAAAAGGUUCUACAAACUGGUUGGAAUAAUGGGUCUUGCAGCCAGCACAAUUCUGAAAGCUUACCUCUGGAGUCAAGGAAGCGCAAACGGAGAGAGAAUGGUGCUGAAAAAAAUAGCAAGAGGAGACUGAAUGAAGCUUGUGAUCAAGCAUUGAAGAAGGAUACGAGACCUCAGGAUGGACUUCAGAUCGAAGCCUCUCAGGUCGUGAGGGAUAAACCUGGUGCAGCUGUUAAGAGAUCAACCAGGAACAAAUCAAAGGACUCUAGGACAGCGGAUCCUGCAACUCCGGUGCAGUCGACACCACCUUUUGCACUACCGAAGGUUAGCGAAAGUGUUGUUGCUGAAAUAUUUAUGACGGCAAAAGUCCAGGAACAAGCUAGUAUGGAAGUCAGUGGAGGUGAAAUUAGGCCUCUCGCAUCUGUCUCGCAUCCAGUUGGAGAGAGACGCAGUGUUCUUGUUACGCCGCUAAGAGAAGAGAUGGAAACUGGUGGGGGUAUUCACUCUGAGGGAGUAAAUUGGUGUCAGGAUGUUGGAUUUGAUGAGGGAGGAACUAAUAAGUGGACUGUUACUUGCAGUUCGGAUCUGCCUGGAACAGCUGGAAAGAGUGGGGAUGAGAGGGAACGGACGCAUGAUAUGGAUAUUGACAGGUGUCAGGACAAAGGUACUCAUGAUAUAUAUGAGAUAACAGGACUUGGAUGGGACACCGAAUCUGACCUCAGCGAGGAUGAGUUCGAUCCGGAGUGGUGGACCACCAAAAGAAUUCUACUAUCUCCAACUCUUCCAGAACUCCAUUCAUCCACCGAUCUUGAUGGGGGAAUAUUAGACACUAGCAUCGCUUGUCCUUCUUCAAACUCAAUUAGCUUGGAAGAGAUGGCCCUCUGUCUAGACGUGCUGCCUCCAGUUCCCGGAGAAGGGUUAGGAGGAGAAAUUAUAGAACCUAAGUUUCAAUUCUUUUCAGAUGCACAUUCUCUCGAUGAGUCUAAGUCAGGCGAUUCGAAGGUUGUCCUAAACUGUGCACCUAUGGUGGAGGGUGCCGAAGUACAAGAUCUCCGAGUAGGAAAGGUCGCAGGUGGGACUGAUAUAGCUACUCAAUGUCUAGAUGAAUCUUUCUCAGGCAACACAAGCGGUGAAGGAAAUGGUGUUUCUAGACCGGAAGGUGGAGAAGUACUUCUUCUACCAUCAGAAGGGUGUGAAGGAAUGAAUAUAUCAGAUACUCAGAGUCUGGAUGAAUCUAUAGCGGGGAAUAUGAUAGUUGAUGUAAUGAAGGCAUCUAGGUUGAAGGGUGUGCAAGUUGAUGUUCUUCCAACAAAAGGAUGUCAGGCAGGGAGCAUUUCUGAUACACACUUGCUUCUUGAAUCUGCGUUGCCUAAGAUGAUGGCGGACAUAAGCAAUGUACCCAGUUUGGAGCGUGUUGUAGGACAAGGUCUCUUGACAGAGGUGUGUGAAGAAGAUAUCAUUAUGGAUGAACCUGUUUCAGCUACAAAGGAGGUUGAUGUACAUACUACACCGAAGUCGGAAGAUGCUGACGUACAUUUUAUAGGUUCAAAAGGUCGUGAAGCAGAGAUGAUCGCGAAUACACACAGUCAGCAUGAAUCAACUUCACGCACCACCAGGGCUGAUGAAGACGUAUUAUCCAGGUUGGAAGGUCUCAAAGAACAACUUUUGCCUUCAGAAGAGUGUGAAGGAAUGACCAAAGAUGUGAACGUCCACUACUUUCCAGAUGGGCGAAGUCUGGGUGAAUCUGGAUCAAAUGUGAGGACUGACGCAAACAAGGAACCCACGUCGCAAGGGGACGGAGUACAGACUCUUCCAUCAGUGUUUGCAGCUUUAGAUUUUUUGCAAUACUUUUUGAUACAGGGCGGGAAAAGACCAGAUACUUGUUUAGAUAGCGCACACAUUUUAUUGGAUUGUAACGGAGAAGUUGCGAAGUUUCAAGUCCCCGCAUCCACCUCGGAUGUGAAGACUAAAACCGCAAUAGAAGGAAGUAAGCUGCUUGCUUCUCUCUGUCUCAAGGCGGAGCAGACGGACUACUUACGCAAAUGUAUACACCUGAUACUUCGAUUUUGUGACAAGGAUAGCACGUGGCUUCUGGCUGCCAUUUCUUCCUUUGUGUCAGUUUGCGGAAAGCAACUUCUUUCUGUGGAUGAAGAUGAUAUAGCCGGCCAGGCUGUUCUGGUCGUGAUUUCAGAGUUACUCAAUGACGCCGAAGCUUCGGAGGCAACAGGAACAGAUGCCCACUCGGAGAACGUGGAUCAUGUUAUGGAGAAUAGACACGACAAGACAUCGACCUCUUGUAUAGGAUUAGAAGAGAAUUUUAGCAGCCAUUCGUCCAAUUUGCACGUCCUGCGUGAGACUUUAGGUGAAUGCAAAUAUGACCUCAACUUUGAGGUGUUUUUGCCGAAAAUUUUGCAGAAGUUCGUAGAUGUAGUAAUGCCUAACUUUAUUAGGACUCCCUCAGAUCAUGAGCACUACUGUGCAGAAAGACUUUGCAUAGGGCAUCUUGAUAAGAGCGAUAGAUCACUCACAGCUUCCAGCGCUACGAGCAAUAGUACUGUGCCAACUGGUCCUAGCGAAGAAGCAUCUAUUCCAUUGUGUGACGACAAGAACGGGUUAUGCUGGCAUUGUAGCUACUCAGAUAGGUACAACUACGGGCCACACUUUGUGAAGAGAAAGGAUCCGGAGAUCAGGAGUGGGCACCCUCGCACCUCGUGGGAGCAAAAGUUUCACGAGAUCACUCACGCCUUGGAAUUGAUCGCCUUCCAUCUGGGAUGGGAGUGGACUUACAACGAGUUGAUCGUGGAAAAUCUCUGGAGACUUGUGCAACCUGGAGCUGAUGAAGUAACGGUGGCAUUGGUUGCGAAAUCGCUUGGCAUUUUUGGGCGAUUAGGAAUCGAGAUGGACGGCACAGAGCUUCAGGGUGUGGAAGCAUUGCGACAGAUUUUGAACGCUAUUUUAAGAUCCGAGAACUAUGCCGCUGGAGUUAACGAUGGGACCCAAACUUUCCCAUAUUCCGCACAAGUGGCCGCUGCAGAAGCUUUGUUAGAUCUAUCCAGCGACAUUAAGAGAGAUCCACAAAAUACUGUAGCAACAGAAAGAGGGCCUCCUGUUUUAUAUACCAAGAUUGCUGAGUAAUUUUUUUCAAUUCUUCGGACUAUGUGAAUUUGAAU